UCUCUACGCACGUGACCUUGGCCGCUGCCCAGCGUCGGCUAGCUUCGUUAUCGAGGACAGUGAUAGUGGAGCACAAGUGAUAACUGAGACUCGGGACCAGCCAAGACCAUCCCACUUCCCCUCCAUCCUCCGCAUCAUCGCAAUUUUUCUCCAACGUCAUCGUUUCAACAGAGUCCUUAGAUCAACAAUCAACGUCCCGAAGCUGUAGACGGUGUGCUCGGGGCCGAAACACAAAAAUGGCACCCAGAAAGAUUAUCAUUGAUACCGAUCCUGGGAUCGAUGACAUCCUAGCACUUCUGCUGGCGUUGUCCGCCAAGCCAGAAGAAGUCGAAGUGCUUCUGAUCUCACUUACAUUCGGUAACAUCGAAGUGCGAAGCUGCCUGAGAAAUGUCGUGUCCAUGUUCCAUAUCCUCGAGCGGGAGAUGCAAUGGCGUCGAGAGAAGGGUCUGCCAGAAGGAUACGGUGCCCUACGCGCUUGCCCUCCUGUUGUUGCGGUGGGAGCGGAGGAUCCACUGGAAGACCAAAAGAUGCUGGCGGACUAUUUCCACGGCACGGAUGGUCUAGGAGGAAUUCACUCCAGCCAUCCGCACUUGUCUCCCCAAGAGACUUGGGAAAACCUGUUCGACCCAUCCACCGAAUCUAACGACAUUGACCCCGUUCCCGCUGGCGACUCCUCCAACCGCUUAUUUCUUCCGUCCAAGCGUCCUGCACAUGAAGAGAUUCUCCGCGUCCUGCGUGAGAAUGACCCCGAGACCGUCGCUAUCGUGGCCGUUGGGCCCCUCACUAACCUUGCCAUCGCCUCUGCAAAUGAUCCGGAGACAUUCCUUCGGGCCAAGGAAGUUGUGAUCAUGGGAGGAGCUGUGAAUCAGCCCGGAAACGUCACCCCGGCCGCCGAAUUCAACGCGUAUGCCGAUGCAUUUGCUGCUGCCCGCGUCUACGCCCUCACUUCUCCCUCUCCCCGGAGCACCAUACCUCCCGGCAAGAGUCUGCCGACGUAUCCCGCUACACUCAGCAAACAGCUCACCCUUCGCACGUUCCCCCUCGACAUUACACUGCGGCAUGGUAUGACCCGCGGCCAAUUUCGGAAGGCCAUCACACCUCUCCUCGAAUCCGGCUCACCGCUGGCUGAAUGGGUUUCAGCCUUCAUGGCGCACACAUUCCAGACCUUGGAGCGUCUUCACCCGGGCCACGAGGGCGACAAGGCUGACCUCAGUCUGCACGACCCUGUGUGCGUAUGGUAUGCUCUGACCGCCGACGACGAGGGCUGGAAACCCUCCGCCACAUCACCCGAAGAUAUCCGGAUUGAGACUACCGGUCAAUGGACGCGGGGUCUAUGCGUGGUGGAUCGCCGCAAUCGACACCGGAUCGAAGGUGAGGAGGAAAGCUCGAACGACCAUGGCCUAUGGUUGAGCACGCGGGCGGGCAACCGCGUCCUGAGAAUGGAUCACUCCCCGGUGGAAAACACCUUCGGAGGCAUUCUUCUGGAGAGAAUUUUCUAUUAGUGCGGUAUGUCGAGGACAGCCGUGUGCCAUCUCGAGCACAUUGAUCUAGAUGAUUAAUCUUCGAUACAUGGCUCCUAGAAUCCAUGCUCGGCAGACAUGAAAGGCGUCGGUAUAUAUCCUGUAUCUAGCGAUAGACUUUUGUUGUUAGAAGCUGCACAUAGGGGUAGUAAAUG